GCAACAGACGUACUUUCUAUAUUUUCUGUCCUCUUCUUCUCUCAGAUUGCAUCUAUCUGCAGUGUGGACGGCUCCAUAUCGUCAACAAGUGGUCCGACUGCCGGUGCUUGUCGCAUGCUUUUGGCCUCGAUAGAAGAAGACCUUAGUGAGCUGGAAAUUUUUUAAACCGAUGUAACAUCGAUAAAAUUCCCAGCUGGAUUGCUGAAUAUACUCCAAACGUCAGUCGAUAUGAAAAUGCUGUUGAGAGCCACCCGUACUGCUCUUCUAAAGGACGCAAUUGAUUCUAGCGAGCUGGCGCGAGGAGAAGAGUAUUGGGCAUGUGACGCCGCUAUUCAAACAUUGCUUCGGUUGUGAGCUGCAUACGUUAAUCUGCAAUUAAUACGUUAUGACCGUUUGACACAUAUAAAUUAUAUAUACAGUGAGAAUGAGGACACGCCGCCGAUAAGUGAAGAUGCCUAUACCUUCGAGUCAGCCCUAUUCAGGCUCGAAAUGGAGGUCCCAUGCAGCGAUGAGUGGUGGCAAGAUGUGUGGCGAGAUGUCUGCGCCGAGUCUACAUCCGUUGGGCAGAGUGCAGGAAACGACAGUGAAAACAUUCCGCUUGAUCCAUGGCAGAAACUGACUUCCGCAGCCGUGCAGGAUAAAACAACUCCUAUUGGCGGGUAUACUAGUGAGCAAGAACUGGAGUCGGGAGACGCCAGCCAAACGCACUCUCUCCGUGAUAUCGAAAUCGAGAACUUGAAGAUGAUUAAUCGUAGUUUACUCGAAGUCAAUAAUAAUUUGAAGGUGGAGCAACAAGCACAGUUGAAAACUGCUUAUGGGAACUUGGAUGCCGCUGCGGCAGAAAACGAUGCUUUACGCGAUGAACUAAAGUCUCGCCCUAGUCUAGAGGAGCACAUACGACUGCAGGAUGAUAUCAGCACGCUAAGAGAAAAUAACCACACAUUACAGCAACAUAGUAUUGUGAUGGAGGUUCAACAUCGCGAAGAGUUGCAAACUACUCAUGGGAAAUUGGCUCUCGCUGCGGCUAAAAACGAUACUUUACGCGAUGAACUAAAGUCUCGCUCUAGUCUAGAGGAGCACACACGAUUGCAGGAUGAGAUCAGCACGCUAAGAGAAAAGAACCACACAUUACAGCAACAUAAUAUUGUGAUGGAGGUUCAACAUCGCGAAGAGAUGAGUUAUCUAAAAUCGAAACCGACUACACUGCAUGCUGAUGACCGCAAAUCUGUCAAGCGCAGUAGGGAUUUUGAAGAGGAAGAAAACAACGUUUCAAACGCUAAUGAUGACAUGUAUCCGCGACUCGGUUGGUUCAAGCGUCUAAAGUUCGAUCACGGUACUUCGCCAGCAGACCCUCGGUUUUGUUCACCAACCAGUUGCUGUGGACCCGAUUUUGGAAAUGAUGUUGGAAGGAUCUGA